GCCGGGGCGCGCAGGGAAGGGGAUCGGUCCAAGCCGCGCAGUCCCCGGUUUGCCUUUAUUGCAGACGUGGAAACUCACUCCGCCGGGACCUAGGUUGUUAGCCCGGGGGGCCCCUUCGCGGCGGAGGAUUCAGAAGACCAGCCCAGGCGUGCCCUGCUCCCCAGCCUGCAGGUGGCAAUCUCGUCUUUCCGCCGUAGAGGAGUGGAGGCCGACUCCAAAGGCGCUGCAAGGCCUUCCCCACCAUGAGCGCUUGGAAUUCGCCGCGGAAUUCGACCUAGCCUUCCGGGACCCGCCCCUGGCCCCUGGCCCCUGGCCCCGCCCAUCUCAGCGGGUCAGCGCGCGGCGAUUGGCGGCGGGGCAGGGGCGGAGCUCCGGGAGGUGGACUGAGUGGGCCGGGCCUGGGUCGGGACAAAAGCCUGGAAGCGCCGCCGUUUCAGCUCUGGGUUUCUGCGGAGACCGUGUCAGAAGCCGAAGCAGCUGGAGUGCAGCUGGGAUUGCCAGAGUGUGCGCUUGUGGGGUUAAGCGUGUGAGGGCUGUGGCGUUCUCGGGUCAUCGCCAGCGUACCUUCUCCUGCAGGAGAUAAACUGCACUCAGCUGAGUCUGCAAGAUUGAGAGGCGUUGGGGUGAUCAGAAGUUGUAAAGGUUUAUUGAAGUCAAAAUGUCUCAAAAAAUCCAAGGCGGUUCUGUAGUAGAGAUGCAAGGAGAUGAAAUGACACGAAUCAUUUGGGAGUUGAUUAAAGAGAAACUUAUUUUUCCCUAUGUGGAAUUGGACCUGCACAGCUAUGAUUUAGGCAUAGAGAAUCGCGAUGCCACCAAUGACCAGGUCACCAAGGAUGCUGCAGAAGCUAUAAAGAAGUACAACGUUGGUGUCAAGUGUGCCACCAUCACCCCCGAUGAGAAGAGGGUGGAGGAGUUCAAGUUGAAGCAAAUGUGGAAAUCACCCAACGGCACCAUCCGAAAUAUCCUGGGUGGCACUGUGUUCAGAGAAGCUAUUAUCUGCAGAAAUAUCCCCCGGCUUGUGAGUGGAUGGGUAAAACCCAUCAUCAUAGGUCGUCAUGCUUAUGGCGAUCAAUACAGAGCAACUGAUUUUGUUGUCCCGGGGCCUGGAAAAGUAGAGAUAUCCUACACGCCAAGCGAUGGAUCCCCCAAAACGACAUACCUGGUACAUAACUUCACAGAGGGUGGUGGUGUUGCCAUGGGGAUGUACAAUCAAGAUAAGGCAAUCGAAGAUUUUGCACACAGUUCUUUCCUGAUGGCUCUGUCUAAGAAUUGGCCUUUGUAUCUGAGCACCAAAAACACUAUUCUAAAGAAAUAUGAUGGACGUUUUAAAGACAUCUUUCAGGAGAUAUAUGACAAGCAGUACAAAUCUCAGUUUGAAGCUCAGAAUAUCUGGUACGAGCACAGGCUCAUAGAUGACAUGGUGGCCCAAGCUAUGAAAUCAGAGGGAGGCUUCAUCUGGGCCUGUAAAAACUAUGAUGGGGAUGUGCAGUCGGACUCCGUGGCCCAAGGUUAUGGCUCUCUUGGCAUGAUGACCAGUGUGCUGGUUUGUCCAGAUGGCAAGACAGUAGAAGCAGAGGCUGCCCACGGGACUGUAACACGUCACUACCGAAUGUACCAGAAAGGACAGGAGACAUCCACCAAUCCCAUUGCUUCCAUUUUUGCCUGGACCAGAGGCUUAGCCCACAGAGCUAAACUUGAUAACAAUAAAGACCUCAGCUUCUUUGCAAAGGUUUUGGAAGAAGUCUGUAUUGAGACCAUUGAGGCUGGCUUCAUGACCAAGGACUUGGCUGCUUGUAUUAAAGGUUUACCCAAUGUGCAGCAUUCUGACUACCUGAAUACAUUUGAGUUCAUGGAUAAACUCGGAGAAAACUUGAAGACAAAACUAGCUCAGGCCAAACUUUAAGGUCAUCCCUCGUCUUUGGAGGAUGUGUGUUUUUGGUAACUAGGUCCACUGGUUUACAUUUUUCUCUAUAACACUCAAGAGUAAAGGCAAAAUCAAUUCUGUAAUUUGUUUAGAAGCCAGAGUUUAUCUUUUCUAUAAGUUUACAGCCUUUUUCUUAUCCAUACAGUUAUGCCACCUCUGUGAACGUGGCAGGGGACUUUUUUUAAAUCUUAUUUUAUUUUCUACUAGUAGCCUAGGAAUUACUUUUAGUGUCCAUUUGUACUCACUGUCACUUUUCUUCAUGUUCUGAUAUAAAUGACCAAAAUGAAGAGUGCUUGAAAGGGUAAACUAUAGCCACAGUACUAUUCCCUAAAAUUGUAUAAAGUAGAAAUUCAUUCCCUUUCCCACUUUCCAUGGCCUGUGGCACUGGGUGGAUUUGAUUUAACAGAUGUCCCAUUAUGUGAGGUAGAAGCUGUACGUUAAACUUGCACAUGAUUUGGAAUGAAAAGCAUGGCUGUAAGUAAAAGGUGUUGAAGACACAGUCAUCCUUGUAAAGAGCUCUAGCUGAAUGUUUCAAAAAUACUACAUAUUUUUGAGCUCACUGGAGAAUCCAGAAUAAAUACUAACUGGGGGUUUGUCCUCUGUGUUUGUCUCCUCCUCCUCGCCUUGUGUGGCCUAAGUAUUAUGCUACCCUGAACGGCGUAUUUCAUCCACGUGCAAUACUACAAGCUGCACCUUUCUUGGACUUCUGCUGACCUGUUUUAUUUCCUUUAUAUAAAUGUGAUUUUUCAGAAUUUGAUUGUAAACACUAUUCUAGUCCUGUUCUUAAUCCAAACUAUCAAUUUUAAUUAAAAUUAAGUGCUGAUGAGUA